AUGGAGGCACAGAGACCCCGUGGUGGUGGUAUAUCGCACGCGUUGCCCCCCGGAGUGGGCAACGUGGCCUCCCAGCUCACGGGAACGCCAGACAUGCCAGGCACCCCAACACCAACCCACCGGCGAUCCAGGAAUGCGAUGCAGCCCAUGCUCAGUGAUAGCAGUGUGGAGGUUAUGAGCAUAGAUGAAAAUGAAGACCAGGAGCGCUGGCAACCUGGGGGUUCCAGCAGGACCCCCAGCCGGGCCAGCGAGGCUAGAAGUGGAAUCAGACAACGAAGGGUUCUACAAAAGUCAUUUAUUGGUAGGCCAAAGCAUCAGGCUUCCCUACUAGACGCAAGCAAGCACGCCCAGGUGUUAGUGGGGGCCCUAGAAGCAGCCCAAACACAGCAACAGGAAGUGUACCAGGUGGUCCUAGAACAAGUGCAAGCACACAUGGCAGAGGAGCUAUCCAACUGGAAAGCAGAACAACAACUCCAUGAAGGAAUUUAUCUUGAGCGAAUCACGAAUCUGGAACUGGAAGUCAGCAAGCUUCGUACAGAGCUCAUGGAGGCUCAACACUCAAUUCAGCGAAUUGGACCAGUGAAGCAAGAUACGCCAACAACCAAUGCCCAAUUGAGUCAAAUGAACCAGCAUGA